GCUUUAAAUAAUAAUUAAAGUUGAAACAUAACAACAAUCAUAAAAAAACACCUGAACCUACGUACAUUAUCAUACAAAGCUGAGGUAUGAUGUCAACAAACCUAAUCUUUUCGGCGAUAUUCGGUAAGAAACUCAAGUUUACGGCACCCCCAAGCAACGGGUACGCGGUAAAUCGAAACGAGGAUGUGUCAAUGAACGAAUUCCUUGAUCUACACUUGUUCGAAUUCAAAUACACGGUGCAGAUCAGUGUGGUUGAGUGCGAUCAUCAAGAGUAAUUGUCCAAGUUUGUACGAAGAAAUUACGUGUCAAAUCAGGCUGGAUACAAUAUGAACGGGAAACUUGGACUCUCUGGGGCCUACAACAGAAAGAGAACCCUCAGUCCUCUUCAGAACUCUUCACCAAGUCAAGAGAAUCAAAAAGAAAGUUACUCUAGAGUUCUGAAUGAAAACAAGGUGCUGAAGGAAAAAAAUGUGAAAUUGAAAGAAGAUCUUCAAGAUUUAAGAUCAUCUUUGAAGCAAGUCACAAGUGAAAGCUCUCAUGAGAAUAUUGAUGAAAGACGUAUUAAUCUGAUAAAGUUUCAAGUCAUUCAGCUAGAAAGACAGAUUGCCAUUUUAAAUGAAGCACUGGGGUCUCGAUCAGAGGCCAUUAUGGAAACUGAAAAUACGAUGGCUUGGCUUGCAGACAGAUUGAGGUCGUAUGUGGCAUCUGAAAUCAAAGGGCCCAUGGUGUCAAUUUCCCGCAGUGAUCUGACUUCCAUGAUUGAGGCUUUAGAAUCAUCAAGGAUAAAACUUUUUAAAUCUGUUGAGAAAUGUGACAGAGAAGAAGUGGGAAAGAGUCUUUUGCUUCUGAACCCAUUUCUUAAUGGAAAGGCAAAACAAAAGGAGACGUUGUCUGUACUGGAUAUUUCUCUUGGACGAAUGGAUUAUCUCAAUCUGCAGCAUGUGGCCCAGCUGGAGUCUAAGCUAUGCACCGUGUACAAGGAGCUCAUUGGAGUUCAUGAGCAGAUGCAAAGUCUCCAUAUAGGGCAUGUCCAUGGAGGGAGCAUGAAUUGUGCAGAACAGGAGAGACUGAUGGAAAAGCUUCUGAAAUCCUUGUUAGUGGUCAAGGAUGCCACUGAUGACCUUCUGGCUUUGUCCUUACUAUGUCCCAGCUCACCCUGGCCUGUCUUGUCGAGGCCCUUAACCAAAGAAGUACCAGUGGAGAGAGUUAUAGCAGCUUUGCCUCAAUUACCACGAAGCAAGAAGGAUGAAGUUGUGCAUAUACUGCAAUCUGGUAUUGGGACUUGCAACCACAGAUAUCACCUCCUUGAGAAAGAAAAGGCUGCACUGAAAGAAGAACUUGCAUUUCACAGAUCUGUAUAUGAACAGCAGGUCAAAUACACCACAGAUUUGUUUGAUGCUCUCAGGAAAGGAUACUCUGAAUUUGAGGAAUCUGCAAAGAGUGUAAUUUGUGCCCCUUUGGAAAAUAUGCUUGGUGCUUACAAGAAACUCAAAAAGUCCACAUCAGAGGCUGCUCUGAGAGAUUUUCUUCUCAUUAUUAAAGAAAAUGAACUACAGCUUUCAUCUGUCAUUGACAUGUUUGACAAGACUACCAGUGAUAGCAAUGGAGCAGAUGCAUUUGGAGCCUAUGGUGCGGACUUGAUGUCUAAACUGGCAGCGGUAGAGUUCCAGUGUCAACAACGUCGGGACAAAGCUAUCAGGGAAAAGAAGUCUGUACGAGAAGAGCAAAAGCGAAGGGAUCGGGAACUUCAGAACCUUAUUGAGGAUUUAGAAGCCAAAUAUGAGAAACAAUGGUUGCCAUAUUCCAAUGGAAUGAGCUCGUCAAGAGCUGGUUCAAAAGAAAGCUUGGUGGAAGUGACAGAAGAGACUAUUGUAGAGAACCCAUCUCGUGAUUCUAACGAGGACCUGUCCCAAAUGUCUGCUGCUUGUCGUGGGCACACAUCGAAACCAGACAGAAUUGUUGUUGAGGACCCUACUAUUCUCCGCAGCUAUUUGGACGAGGACUCUGAUUGGGUCAGUGCUUUUGAUGAAAGUGCCCCAAAAGAUCAUCAAAAAGGGACAAAAGAAGAAAAGUCAACUAAAAGAGAGGCACUUAAUAGUGGAGGUUUUAUCUCCUCCAAUGAGGCAGGUCAGGCAUUGGAGCGCAAUGAACAUCCUGAACUCAGAAGCAGCAGGAAAUCAGGGGCUCAAAAACCGUCUUCGAAGUGGGUACCAGAUAAAGAAUGGAUCAACGAUUUUACUUCCCAGUUGAAGUCGGCUAGCCCUGAUUCUGGGUCAAAACGACUGAACAGUAAUGAAGAUGACUUGACUCAGGUACUAGCUCCUACAGAAGGAAAAAGUGCCCGUUCACAACCACUGAGCUCUGGUAGAAAAACAUCUUCGAGAAUUUUCACAGUGUCAAAAAACAAGCCAAAGUCAUAUGAACAGAACCUUGGGGUUGCCCAAUCUUCUUUGAAGUUGAAGAAACAGAGCAGUUUUUCAUCAUCUUCUAAUGGCAAUUCAAAACAUGAUGGUUCAUGACUGAAAUAGACAUAUUAUAUGUAAAGCAAUACAAUCAAUUUUUUUGUAUAUCUCUAUAAUCUAUGUCUAUAAAAGUGUCAAUGAUUCUUGCAUAGACAAGGGACAGAGAGUUUCUUUGACCCUUCUUAAUGCAUUGUGAUUUCAUUCUGCAGGAAAUGUGCCUUUUUUAAUACUCAAGACUAAGAGAAGAUAAUCAUGUGCAAUAUCCUCUUUGAAUAAUUUGAUGAGCGGAAGAAUAUAUUCCACACUUCACACUCACAA